UCCUCUCGAUCGGCCACCACCUCCCGAAUCCACCCGGCGCUGGGGCCCUGCAGCUGCUGCGGGCGUCGUCGUCACGCGCGCAAGCGGACAAGCAUCCGCGUGCUUAUAAGCAGACCCUCCCCUCCCGUCCCCAAAAAUUCCAUUCCCCCGUUUCUCCUAGCUACUCCCUCCUCCGAUCGAUCCAGGGUGCGAGAGCAGAGCUCUGGUUAUUAGUUUAGUUUAGUCUCCCUCAAGCUCGUGGCGCAGCAGCGGAUUCGAAUUCGUUGAGAGGAGGUGGAUUAGCAGCCGAGGCCUGCAGCUAGCUAUCUAGGGUUUUGUAGUGAGAGUUCCUCGCAGUCGCAGGCUUCGCUUGGUAGCGUCGUCGGCCGGCCGGGAGCCAAUAAUGAUCAUGGCGAACCCGGACAUGCUGCCGCCGGGGUUCCGGUUCCACCCGACGGACGAGGAGCUCAUCCUCCACUACCUCCGCAACCGCGCCGCCAACGUGCCGUGCCCGGUCGCCAUCAUCGCCGACGUCGACAUCUACAAGUUCGAUCCAUGGGACCUUCCAUCCAGGGCAGCGUACGGGGACAAGGAGUGGUACUUCUUCAGCCCGCGCGACCGCAAGUACCCAAACGGGAUCCGGCCGAACCGCGCCGCAGGAUCCGGCUACUGGAAGGCCACCGGCACUGACAAGCCCAUCCAGAGCAGCGCCACCGGCGAGAGCGUCGGCGUCAAGAAGGCGCUCGUCUUCUACAGGGGCCGCCCGCCCAAGGGCACCAAGACCAACUGGAUCAUGCACGAGUACCGCCUCGCCGCCGACGCGCACGCCGCACACACCUACCGCCCCAUGCAGUUCCGCAACGCCUCCAUGAGGCUGGAUGACUCGGUGCUGUGCCGGAUCUACAAGAAGGCCAGCCACGCGCCGUCCAUGGCGGUGCCGCCGCUCUCCGACCACGAGCAGGACGAGCCCGCCUGCGGUGGUGGCGGCUUCGACGACAACCCGUACGCCGCGACGAGCGCCGCCAUGAUCCUGCAGGGCGCGUCGUUUCCGGCGAUGCAUGCCGCGCCGGCCGGCGCUCCGCAGAGGAUGCCCAGGAUCCCGUCCCUCUCGGAGCUGCUGUUCAGUGACCCCUACUUCUUCGAGGAGGGCGGCAUGCAGCAGGACAUGGCACGGCUCAGUAACCACCACCACCAGCAGCAGGCCCCUCUCCUCGGCCGCCCCAUCACGAGCCAACUGCUGGUCAACAACGGCAACAGCAUGAUGUCCGGAGGAGGGCAGAUCCCGCAGCUGGACCCGCCGCCGGCCUCGACGUCGGCCGCUGGCGAUGGCGCAGCUGGCAACAAGCGCAAGAGAUCGUCAGCAGAGACGAGCACUGCUAGUGCCAGUUUGCUGUCGAGCCAGCAGCAGGCGUCAGCAGGCAAGAAACCGAACGGCUCCUGUUUCGGUGCAACGACGACGUUCCAAAUAGGCAACGGGCUGCAGCUGCAGGGGUCGUCGCUAGGCCACCAGAUGCUGCUUCAUUCUUCUAACAUGGGGAUGAACUGACUGACAGAUUGCUGUUCUCCACUGAAAGCUAUACGUACUUGAGCAUUCAAUUGUGAUUUGAACAUCGGGAUCUAUUGCACCAAAUACAUAUAUAGGCUUUCCUCAAAAAAAAAACAUAUAUAGGCCUAAAAUAUAAAGCAAUGGUUACUAUAUAUUAGUAGGUAAUCAUUAAAGGGAUUGUACUUGUAGAGUCCAGUAGUAGUGUCAACUAGCUAUAUAGUUGCUAGGGACGCCAUAGUUGAUUGAGGUUUGCGGUGUGUAAACAUUUUGAUCUCCUGUACAUAGUACAAUACUAUGUACUACUCAAUCUUAUUACUACUACUACUAGUAGUAGUUCAAAGCUAACUAGAUAAGGCUUUGAGAUCAUUGAAGAAUUGGAAGUCAAGAACAGGAGAAAUGUGUUGAUUAAUAUCCAGCCGGCUUUAUUUGCUCAUAUA